AUGUCCGUGGCAGGAACAGUUCUCCAGAGCCAGGUGCGUCCUCAGAUGCGUCGUCAGGUGCGUCGUCAGGUGCGUCCUCAGGUGCGUCCUCAGGUGCGUCCUCAGGUGCGUCCUCAAGUGCGUCCUCAGGUGCGUCCUCAAGUGCGUCCUCAGGUGCGUCCUCAGGUGCGUCCUCAAGUGCGUCCUCAGGUGCGUCCUCAGGUGCGUCCUCAGGUGCGUCGUCAGGUGCGUCCUCAGGUGCGUCCUCAGGUGCGUCCUCAGGUGCGUCCUCAAGUGCGUCCUCAGGUGCGUCCUCAAGUGCGUCCUCAGGUGCGUCCUCAGGUGCGUCCUCAAGUGCGUCCUCAGGUGCGUCCUCAGGUGCGUCCUCAGGUGCGUCCUCAAGUGCGUCCUCAGGUGCGUCCUCAGGUGCGUCCUCAAGUGCGUCCUCAGGUGCGUCCUCAGGUGCGUCCUCAAGUGCGUCCUCAGGUACGUCCUCAGGUGCGUCCUCAAGUGCGUCCUCAG